UACAAAUUCAAAUCUUGAAACAACAAUUGAUAUUAGUAAGAGUGGAUCUACUACAUCAAGAUUUAUUGAUAUUAGUAAUAGUCAAUCUACUUCUUCAAACGAUAUAACAACAAUUGAUCAUAGCAUAAGUGGAUCUACUACUUCAAAUCUUAGAACAACAAUGGAUAUCGGUAAUAGUCGACCUACUUCUUCAAAUGAUAUAACAACAAUUGCUUUUGGAAGUGUUGGAUCUACUACUUCAAAUCUUAAAACAACAAUUGAUAUUAGUAAGAGUGGAUCUACUACACCAAGAACGAUUGAUAUUAGUAAUGGUCGACCUACUUCUUCAAAUGAUAUAACUACAAUUAAUCAUGACAAAGGUGGAUCUACAACUGACAUUGUUGGAUCUACAGGUACUUCUUUCAAUGGUAUAAUAACAAAUGCAACAGAUAGGAGAACAACCGUCCCUUUAAGUAGUAUAAUUACAAAUACUAGAACUGCAUCAGAUACUUCACCUAAUAAAAUGACAAUUAACACUGUUCGAUCUACAACAUCAACAAGUAAAAUAUUAACUGAC